AAACAAUGUAGUACUAUAAUCCUUAAGGUAACUAUUAUCCUUAAAAUAACUAUGUACCUCCAAUGUAAAUCGAUGUAAUGGUAAUUUUAUAUUAAGGCUGCCUUUAAUUCAGGUUUGGAAGCAUUAUCUAAAUGUCCAAGUGUAUUUAUAAAAUAACGUCCUGAUUAUUUAGAAGCUUUUGGUUUAUGUGAAAAAAAAAAUGCUUAUUUUGUAUUUCAAUCAGAUUCGAUGGGAAAUAAACCUGAUUUCAAACUACAGGCACCUAUUUUUAAAUGUAAGGAAGAAAGUAGUUGUUGGUAAAGAAAUUGUCUUCCUGGAUCAUGCAGAGGAUUUGAUUUGAAAGUUAAAUAAUAUAAUCAAAGAUAAGACACUUAGACAGUAUUUAGAAUGAGUAGAGAAUUUAAAUGUACAUGUCUUUGUUUUGGAAGGUUAAUAAUUUUAUUAAUUUGAUUUUUAGACCUUAAAUGGAAGUAUAACUUGAAAAUGGAGGAAAGAUAGGAACAAUUUAUUUUCCAUUUUUAUGUUGUGAUAAAGGGGUAGAUAUAUUAGAUGAAAGAGAUUAAAUGGUAUAUUAAAUAAGAGCAAGUUGCUGUUAAUGGCCAUUUUUAGUUAACUUACCUUGUGAAACAUGUUAAAGAGCUAGAUUUGAUAUUUAUGAUGCAUAAGAAUAAGUAAAUAGAAAUUAAAAAUGAUUUAGAAAAUUUCAGAACUUUGGAAAGAAUCUGCAGGGUUUUGUAAUGCAUUAUGUGAUAUUGAUGCAACUAAUUUUAGACUAAUAUUUCCAAUAAAUUCAACAAAUAAAUAAAAAGCUUUGUUGUUGGCUGCUGCACUCUUUAUUGAUUUUAAUUAUUUUGAAGAAUCUCCUUAAGAUAAAUAAAAUAAUUAAUUUUGA